AUGCGCUUCUUAUUUAACGACGUCACUUUUCCCUCUUUCUUUCUUUCUUUCAUUCUUUCUUUCUUUCUUUCUUUCUUUCUUUCUUUCUUACGCCCGCUAAAAAUUGUUUUCUUUCUUUCUUUAUUUUUUCUUUCUUUCUCUCUCUUUCUUCCUUUCAUUCCUGUACCAUACUCUCCCAUAAGAAGCGUUUUUCUUUUUUUUUCUUUAUUCUUUUUCUUUUCUUUCUUUCUUUCUUUUUUCUUUUCUUUUCUUUCUUUCUUUCUUUCUUUCUUUCUUUCUUUCUUUCUUUCUUUCUUAUCUCACACUCCUAUUAGUAUUUUCUUUCUUUAUUUAUUUAUUUCUUGUUCCUUACGCUUUCAUACGGAGCGUUUUCUUCUUUCUCUUAUCUUUCCUUCAUUCUUUCUUUCAUUCAUUUUUCUUUCUUUCCUUCGCUUUCAGAAAGUCUUUUCUUUUCUCUCUUUCUUUCUUUCUUUCUUUUUUCAUAUGUUCACCGCCUUUUUUUUUCUUCCAUCUCUUCAGGACACCUUUAUUUACUUUAACUGUCUGUCCUCAUCACCGCUUCUAUUAACUUAUUUCUUUCUAUCUUCCUUCCUUUCCUUCUUUAUCCCUUCUAAUUUUUUCUUUCUUUCUUCCCCGAUCCCAUUCUCACCCUUCCACCCUAAUUUUGAAGUAUGGUUUCAUUUCCCUCCCCACUAUUCACUUAUUGUCUGUCUUCCUCUCAACAGAGCCUUAUUCUUUUCUUUCUUUGUCAUUUCUUUCACCGCGCAUGAGUAA